AUGGAUAAAUUACAGAAGGCAGUUGAAGAAAACGUUGGCACAAGUGCUGAAAAGGUGAUCGAUGACGCCUGUAUUACAUAUUUUGGAAAGCACAGAAAGAUUUGUUCAAACAUCGGUGCGUUACCGAAUUCCCCAACCCGAGUUGUAAAUGACGUUGCGCGUAUGCUUACGAUCGGUUAUCCUGCUGAAAAAAUUUGCGCGAAGUUGGCAGAGAAAGAUCCUCAAAUUUGUGAAAUUAUGCAUCAAUUUGUGCCUUCCCAUGAUGCCGAUUUCAAGAAGAUGACUGUUAAGCAACUAAAACAAACCCUUGCAUUUAUUGGUCUCGAAUGCACGGGAUGUAUGGAUAAAAACGAUUUUGUAGAAAUGGCAGAGAGCAACCGCCAUAAGAUCCCACGAUCUGAAUUGUAG